AUGCCGCCGAAGACAUCUUUGGCCCUUCAAACACUUCAUGAAGUCGUCCCAGCGAUUUUCGAUCAAGCGCAGCUGUCCACUGCCAACCAUCGCAAGAACUGUACUAGCCUCCACAAGCUGCACCUCCAAGCCGCCUCCGCUCGUCAACCCGCCAAGAGUGGAUCAUCCACCGAGCUCGCUGCCAGCGGAGAGCACAUAUUCUGCGACAUCUUCAUCGACAUGAUGUCUCGAGUUCUCACCAUCAAGAAAGGUUGUCAAGCUGCUGACAGAAUCAUCAAGUUUAUCGGUUCCUACGUGCAAUUCAUCCUUCAGAAAGGUGACAAUUCAGUCCGUACAGUCAUACCUACGCAGCUUCAACAGGAGGGUGAUGCCACGAUGGACGACACCCCAGCUGCACGAUUCACCUUCCGCGUCUUGAAAUGGCUUCUUCAAGGAUUCGAUGCUAAGGACAAGACAGUUAGAUUUCGCUCGGUCUGCUUGGUGACCGAGAUCACAAGUCAUCUCAAUGAAAUAGACGAAGAUACUUUCUCUAGCCUUCGUCAAUGCCUGGUGGAGCGAGUCUACGACAAGGAAGCGACAAUCAGGGCAUUUGCCGUCACCGGGCUGUCCAGGAUUGUCGGAGGCGAGGAUCCCAGCGAGCUGCCUGCCGAUCAGCCAAGCAUCAUGGAGAUCCUCCUAGACCGUUUACAAUGCGACGAUGCUGCUGAAGUGCGCCGUUGUGCACUUCUGCACAUUCCCCUCACGCCGCGCACCGUACCGUCUGUACUCACGCGCAGUCGGGACGUGGAUCCGGUGGUACGCAAGCUCCUCUUCUCCUCUAUCUUGGCUAUGGGAGAUCCUUCGAGCAAGUCGAGAUCUCGGAAGUACCAGUCUUCAAGCAAAUUCGAACACCCGCGUCAACUUACCCUCGCUCAGCGGGAGAAGGUUGUUCGAGAUGGCUUGGGCGACAGGGAAGAUGCUGUGCGGGUUGCCGCUUCUCAUACGGUCGCGGCAUGGUUCGACAUUGUGUCCACUGACGAGGAAGUAGACACUUCGCUUGGAGAUCUCGUGGCGUUUGUCAAGCUGUUCGACGUCAUUAGCCCGGAGGGGGUUGAUGUGGCGAUCGAUGCACUCAAGUCGCUGUUUCUGACGAGGAACGUCGUCCUUGACAACGUCGUCUUUGAUGAUACGUUUUGGCAGUCCCUCAACCCGGAAUCGAUCUUCAUUGCACGCGUCUUCACCGCCUACUGCCGCGAACUUGAUCUGGAGGCUCACCUCGAGGUUGCAAAGGUCCCGGUUGUCACUGCGCUCGCCUUCUAUUUGCAAGAGGCCUGCAACGACCUACUCGACGCUAUUGAAGACUUGGAAGAUGCCAGAAUGCAGGCGGAAUCUCGCUCCGAGCCCGCCGGAGCAGAAGACGACGAAGCUAUGGAACGAAAGGAGGACGUCGUCUCGGAACGCGCUUUUGUCGUAACUGAGAUGCUGCGAUUGACCGCUUCGUCAGAUUUCUCUGACGAGAUCGGGCGGCGGAAGGCGUUCGCUGUCGUCCGUGAGAUGCUUGCACAUGAACUGCUCCCUGAAAGCCUAACGGAGCCGUGCAUGGACGUGCUCAAGGAGUCCUCUCCGAGUGAACGGGAGCUGAUACGUGUCAUCGUCGAGAUGAUUGCUGAACUCCGCGAUGGCGAAGAACUCCUUGAUUCGAAUAUCCUACCAGACAGUAACAGCUCUUUGAACACUACACAAAGCUCACAGCGAAGCCGGUCUUUACGUCGCGCAAAGAGUCUUCUCGACAUGUCCCCGGAAGAACGGGAAAAGGCGGAUGUUAUAGAUCUGCGCUGUCUCGGGAUCUGCAUGUCCAUGCUGAGUCGCGUACAAGGUAGCUUCGACGAGAAUUCAACCCUGGAAGGACUGCUCGCCGACUUGAUCAUUCCGGCUGUUAAGAGAAAGGAGCUUGCCUUACGUGAAAGAGCACUCGUCAAUCUGGGUCUAUGCUGCCUGAUCGCGAAGAGCAUGGCCAUGAACUCGUUCCAGCUCUUCUUGAACCAGGUUCAGAGUGCCCCAGAGGAUCUGAAGGUCAAGGUGCUCCGCGUCAUCUUUGACAUCCUCAUGGUGUACGACGAAGAGCUACUCUUGCGAUCUGAGGACAUCGCUGAGAAGAUCGUAACGUUCCUGUUGCAGACCCUCGAGGUAGAGGAUUCGUCUGCGGUCCAGGCCGUCUUGUGCAUAGGAAUCUCGAAACUCAUGCUCGCGGGCUUGGUCACCGACCCUCGGGUGUUGACCAGCAUGCUCAUGACGUACGUCUCGCCCACGACCGUGGAUAAUCAAGAGCUCCGGCAGUGCCUCGCAUAUUUCCUGCCAGUGUACUGUUACUCGUCUGCAGCAAAUCAGCGACGCAUGCAAUCGGUUGCGAUGGCAGCGUAUGACCUAGUCGGACAGGUCCACGCGGAGCUGACGGAUGGCGAAGAGAUGGUCAGCUCAUCCCAGUUCGGUUUGCUUCUAGUCGACUGGACGGAUCCACGGAAGUUGGUGCACAAAGAUGAACAAGACCCAUCCACGGCCGAUGUGCACAUCCACUUCGCUUUGGACAUAUUCAAGGCGUUGUAUGCUAAAGACGAGACGGAGCAAGACCGGAAGGACUUGUGCCAGCUACUAGGGAAGCUUUACAUUCAUGACAACCCGGGGGAUCUUCCUCUGCUUCUUCUCCACAUGGUGCUCACGGACUUGAAAGAUCACUGUCCGUUCGAGGACCCCGCUGCUGAGAAGAUUGUGGACAAGUUUCGCGGUGGAUUCGUCAAGCGGUUCGGCAAACGCAUCGAGGGUAUCGACGCAAGGGUACACGCCACGGAUGAACGGUUCCGCGAGUUAUGUGCACUCAUCGGCCUGGAGUUCGAGGACGAGCGUAUUGGCGAGAGUGACGGAGCUGCCCCCGAAGACGAGGAGGACGCGGAGGAAGAGACAGAGAUACAACACAUCCUCACUACGCAGGACAAGGGUAAAGCAAAGGAACGACCUCAGGCCACCGCACAGUCGAUCGAUCCUGAUGAGUAA